CCGAUGCACGCGGCCGACCAGCAAGAGUUGCUGUGAGGCCGCCGUACCAUCGCCUACCAUCGUGGUAUAGUGUCCGGUGAGUGUGUGUGUGUUUUGCUGGGCGCCAGCCUUUGUGCAGUGUGCGAUUUAAAUUCGGAUAAACCGGAUUUCGGGUUAAACAUGCAACAUUUUCAACACUCGAACUAAAUCCAUUGAGCUAAUUUGAAAAGAUGGCUCAAUAUCUAGUCUUUCUCCUCGCAGUGUUCCUCUUCAAAUCGGCGGUAUCACAGUCCAACUAUGCUGAUCAAGCCAACAAUAUCGAAUAUCAAGGCAAAGGCCUUCCCGAUCAAGCCACUUUAGAUGGCAAAGUCACGAAACUAGACGAUCUCAGUCCUGUAAUUUUCCUAAACAGAACCAAAGCCGCUCUAAAUUGCGCCGCAGGUUCCAUGCAAGUCGAGCUCAAAUUCAACGAUAAGUUCUAUGGGAUUGCUUAUGCGGAUUUUGACAGAAAUUCGGCAUGCCAGGUCUAUGGCAAAGGCGGUUACAGCUACAAACUCGAAUUGCCACUCAAGGGAUGUGGAACCAAACAAGACCCUCAACGUGUUUUUACCAAUAACAUAGUCGUGAGGUUUCAUCCAGGCUUGGAGAUCGAUGGAGACGAAAUUAUUACGAUUGUGUGCCGGUACCCACCACCGGUUGCACCUUUACCCGACCCUUUGAUCGAUUUUAGCAAAGAGGUUCUACCACCUUCACCGGUCCUUGAACCGGCCUUGAAACCCUUCCAAAUUUUGUUAAUCUUCUGCGGAAUUCUCUUCUUGUCGCUUCUACUGCUAGGUUUAGGUUGCUCGUACUACUGUCUCAGGAGACGCAACCUAACUGUCGUUCGGAAACCCUUCUCACCCUUAACUGAUGGUUCCGAAAUCACUAAAGUCUCCGGAAGCUCACUUGGCAACUUGUCAAUGUUUGAAGGUUUGAAAAUCCCUCGAGUUAGUGCCCCGCUUGUUGCAGCUCCGGGUAGCAGUUCCGGGAGUGAAGGUCCCCUCAUCAGUGACACUCUUCCAUCCGAUUACCCCUCCGAAUCGCACUCAGAAGCCGAAGAUGCUCGUUCUCUUCCUCCUUCAUCUGGUGGCAGUUUUGAGAACCAAGCUUACAUCGCUGAUACUUUCUACACCGAACCUCCACGACUCCCAUUGGCCAAAGAACCGAAAUUCGAUGUCCAAGUGCGUGUCAAACGAGCGCCCCCAUCACCCCCCAGUCUCAGUAUCUCUGAUACGGAAAGCUCAGCACGGAAUUUAUCCACGAUCAUGGAACAAAGGGAGGAAAGUGUUCGAUCGAUUGAUUCUCCUCCUCCUGUCGAACGUACUCACUUUACGUACGUUCCGGAGUUGCAUCCUCCACCAAAACACAUACAACCUGCACCGACUUAUAACCGGAUUUUGAGGAGGCAACAAGAGCUACAAGAGGAGAGAUCGAUAGCGUCGUUGAAUACUGAAAUGACUGAUACGCAUUCCAUGACUGAGAUAAUCGACGAUAGCCACCACAAACCUGCACCGCCUCCACCACCUCCAAUUGUGCCAAGACAAGAAUACGUGGUUGAUUUUGCACCACCUCAAACACUAGAACCACCAAUUGCGGUGGUACACAAACCGGAAAUUACCUCUCAUGUAGUUGAUGAUGUAUUUUUGAGAACCAUCACCGAAAAGAAGACUAUUGAAGAUAUCGAAAGACACAAGAGGUUGAUUACGGAGUACCACACUCGGGCUAAGGCAAUACCUGAGCAAAAAUGGGAUGUUACAAUCAAGAAUUAUCCAGUGGAGAUGCCGGAGCCUCCCGAAUGGGAGAACUUCUCUGAUAUCUCCUCAGCAUCGGGAAUGACUCUAACGCCAAAACUGGAACGUGCCACUAUGUCUCUUCCUCCACAAAGUACCAUCGACGACAACAAACUUCCGCUCAACUCCCCGGAACUAGUCGGGAGUAUAGCCCAGCAAGGGACUUUCCUUGAAACUUUCAAUAUCCCUCUCGAAAAUCCAGAAGUACCAAACUGGAGUGUCUUAAUUCGAGUUUUGCAACCUGAACAAGAGGAGGGUCCGGUGAUUGAAAGUGCCGAAACGUUCAACUCGCAAUUAACCCUCUCCGAUAAAAUGAAAUGGAGACAAAUUAUAACAACCGAGUCCACUUUGAGGACUCUCUUGACCGAAGCCGUGGUCCGCGAAGACUUCGAGCGAAUCCGUCAAGACACCCGUUACGAGAAACUCUUCGAGCCGCCCAAAUGGGACGUAAUAAUCCGGAUUCUGACUCCGGUGGACAAACCCAAAAGCCAGGGUCGGUUCCGCAAAAAAUCCGAUUGGGACACCCGGAGUCGGCGCAGCAGCCUACCAACGCUCUACGAGUACGACUCUGACGGUGGUAGUUCGGUCCGUACCAUCACCCAAGAGCCCAUCGUGCACCCAUUGCGCACCCGACGGGUCUCCCGGUCCAGCUACCGCAGCGAAGCCGAUUUGAGGUCAAUGUCAGAAGUGACGGUCGAUUUUGGACGACCGGAAGACAGCCAUUCCGAAAGUUCCAGUUACUAUCCACGGUAUUACGAGGAAUCUGAAUUUGAGUACAAGACUAGCUCCUCCCAUCACCCCUCCCUCGCGCGAUCUUUAAGCCAGCCUUCUCUGGCACGCUCCGCCAGUGAAUUCACCGAACGGUGGAUAGCGCCCUCGAGGUACGACACGGCGAGUGAGUUCACUAGUCCCGAGGCCACGCCCAAGUCCCAGAGGAGUAGCAGGAUCCAGCCGUUGCAUGUUCCUAGAGGAAGUGGGGAGCAUUCGUCCGUAUGGCAAGCCACGGCCAGCAGUCAGGUCACCCAAAGGCCGGGAAUGACCGCUCAAGUGGUUACGCAAGAGUUCCGAAGUGAGGCUUCCACUAGUUUUAUGGGAGCGACCAGUAAAAACUGGUUUGGGGAUAACGACAGUGAAGCUAGUUUCAAAUAACUGAUUAACGUUAAUAACCGGUAUUAACACUGCCCGUAAAAAUUUGUUAAGUCGAUUUUUUCGUAAUUUUAGUAACUAGAAUGCUGUGAUAACGUUUGUAAGGUUACGAUUGGCCGGUUUUUGGAUUGUUUGUAAAGGGCUUUAACCCUUUUGUUGACUUUUCCACGCGAUAUUCUUGUGGAGGACUGAACAAUUGGGUACUACUAAAUCUAGUUCUAGGUUCUAAUCUAUGCUCAAAUCUAUGGUGGUGGCUCAUGGGCUUCUUUUUCCUAACUUGCUGUCGUUUAAGAUAAUUUAAAUUUUUAUACAGAUAUCUAUCUCUAGGUGCUAUAACAUUUAUACCGAAUGUAUGUAACUUUUUAUAUUAUUUUAAAAUAAAUUAAUUUAAUUAAUAAAUGCUUACAAUACUG